AUUUGUAUCUCCUCGACUUCACGCGGCGCUGCGUAGACAAAAUGACUUUUGACAUCAUAAUAGUGCGAGAGUGCAACUUUCGAGCCGUUCUCGCGGUACUCUGAUGUCAUACGCCGAUCGGUCUGCGCGGUGCCGCAUAAAGUCGAACGCAACGUUUGUCUAGCAUGGUCUCUAUGGAAACCUCAAACUUUACUCGCUGUUUCAAGAUCUACUCAAGUGUACAGUACAGUUCGGAUACGUUUAAUCUCGAUCUUAAUUGUUUUCCAAUAUAAUUGCUAACGUUAAAUGCAGACAAAAGUGAACGCGGAAGACGGGAAAGCUAAAUCUGUAGAAAACGGCAAGAGUGUGAAGGAGUCGUGUUUUUCACCCCAGGUCCUGAGCCUCAAAACGCAGCUGUCAAUAUGAAAGUCGAUAUGAAAACAGUCAACGCGGAUACUGGCGAAACCCAAGGGUCUGAGAAAAUGCAUUCAGGUCCCAGAAUUACCAAAGCGUUUUUAAGAGAUCACUGCAAGAAAAACAAACUGUACCUGACUCCAAGGUUGAACGACACACUUUAUCUACACUACAAAGGUUUUUCCUGUAUUGAGGGUUUGGAGGAAUACACAGGACUGCGUUGCUUGUGGCUGGAAUGUAAUGGAAUUCAGUCGAUUGAGAAUCUGGAGCAUCAGACGGAGCUUCGCUGCCUGUUCCUCCAUCAAAACCUCAUUCACACAUUGGAAAACCUGGAACCACUAAGCAAGCUCUGCACACUCAAUGUCUCACACAAUUAUAUCAAGGUCAUUGAGAACAUAUCAUGCUUGAGUGAGCUGUCCACACUGCAGAUCUCCCAUAAUGCUCUGGAGAAUGUUUGUGACAUGGAGGAGCUGUCCCGCUGUCCAUCCAUCAGUGUUCUUGAUCUUUCACACAACCGCAUCAAAGAUCCAGCCAUCAUUGGUAUUCUAGAGAGGAUGCCUGAUUUGCGUGUGCUAAAUCUAAUGGGUAAUGAAGUAAUCAAAAAAAUACCAAACUACAGGAAGACUAUGAUCGUACGUCUAAAGCAGCUGACCUAUCUUGAUGACCGGCCUGUGUUCCCAAAAGACAGAGCUUGUGCAGAGGCAUGGGCGACUGGUGGUUUGGAAGGUGAGCGACAGGAGAGGGAAUUGUGGCAAAGCAGAGAGAGAAGGAAAGUUCAGGAGAGUUUGGAUGCAAUGGCUGCUAUCAAAGAGAAUGCACUCAAACGGCGGCAAGCUCAAGAGUUUUUAGAAAAAGGAAUCACAGAGCUUCAAAAUCCUGCUAUUGAUGAUCUGAUCUCUGAAAACGACAUUUAUAAAUCUCCAUCAGAAAUUGCACCUGAAGAGAGUGAUCCAUCAAAUUUGUUACGUGAACAAACUGAUUCCCCCACAUCAGAGUUGGAUUACAUUAAUAGCUUGACAUCUGAUGAGGAGCAGAGUGUCGAAACAACAUUUGAGGAAAUUCAUUCUGAUCAAUCAAAACCAGAGAGGCAAGAGGUUGACUUGUCAGCUUCAGAACAGGUUCUGCAACCCACAUUAUACCUGGACCAGACUGGCAGGUCAGUAACAUCAGAAAUAAACACGAAAGAGGAAAGCAAGGCGACUUUUCAUUCACAAGAAGAGAAGCACCAGAAAGUGUGCAGUGCUUACGCAAAACCAUCAGAGUCUAACACUUCAAUCACUGGUCCUGGUGCCCUCAUCACUGAACUGAUUUCUGAAGAUGAAAUAGAGACUGUCAACCUGUCAGAUGGCUUGUUAACAAUUGAUGAUCUUCCAGACCUGGAAGAUGUAGAAAAUACUUUGAUGCUCCCAACAACAGGUACACAGAGUGUGUUGCAUCCAAUGAUUGAGGUCAUUUCUGGUGAUGACGCAGAAUCAGAAGCUGUUAAUCUGUAUCACCGGGCUCAGUCUGAAGCACCGGACCCUGACCAAUCACAGCUGCUUAUUAGUGUUUCCACUAGGUGCUCAUCAGUUAGGCAGAAUAGCACUGUCUUUAUGCAACAGCAGGGUGACUCUUUUUUUCCAAAGGCAAAAGAAAACAAAACCACCGUCCUAAUUGAGGAACUAGAUUGAAUGUUUAUGGCUGAAUAGUGAACUAAAUUUUGGAUAUGUUUUUUUUUUUAUUAAUGUCUGUCUUAUAUUUUGUAAAGCUUUCUUUGUUUAGGUGUUGAACUAAAUUGUAAGUGAAAUUGACCUUUUAAAUGACAAAAACAAUAAAAUAAAAUAUAAAAUAUA